CGCCGCGGUAGUUGCAGCCUGUGGAUUGGAACUUCCACGCUCGCGGGAUUCUAAAACGUCACAAUGGCUCAGAACGUUCAGAGUGUUACACUGUCUCUCACGCUGCCCAUCACUUGCCACAUUUGCCUGGGAAAGGUCCGCCACCCGGUCACCUGUGCCAACCACCACGUUUUCUGCUCCGUUUGCAUUGAGGUGUGGCUGAAGAACAAUAGUCAGUGUCCUGCUUGUCGGAUCCCAAUCACUCCCGAAAAUCCUUGCAAAGAAGUCAUAGGAGGAACCAGUGAAAGUAAUCCCGUAUUUAGCCCCGUGAUCAGAAAACAGCUUCGCAAAACCAGGCUUGAGCUGCUUCACAAAGAAUAUGAGGAUGAGAUAGAAGCUCUGCAGAAAGAGCUGGAGGAGCUGACCGUUAAAAACCUGAGCUUGGAGUCCCAGCUAAAAUCGGUUUUGCAUCCGGUGGCUCUGGACAUGUCUGACAAAAAUCGGGAGAGUCCUCUUCUCUCGGAUGAUGGGAACACUGCUGUGCCCGAGACUUUGGCAGCGUUGACCCAGAAGCUUCAAGCUGCUAAUGAGAUGUACGAAAAAGCAAAAGAUGACAUGGAAAAGUUAGAGGAGGUGAACAAGAAACUGAGGCUUGAAAACGGUGGCCUUAGGAGGGAGAACUUGCGGCUGAAGGCUGAGGUUGGAAGUCGAUCGCCCCAGAAGUUUGGACGAUUCACUGUAGCAGCACUUCAGUCCAAGCUUGAUCAAUGCGAGCGUGAAACAAACCGCCUUAAAAAGGCACUGGAAAGGAGUGACAAAUAUAUAGAAGAGUUGGAGUCACAGGUGUCACACCAAAAGAGGGAAUAUGAACCCAUGAAGGAAGAAACUCUCGAAAGUGACGCUGCUGUUCCCAUGGAAGAGAAGGAAGGCGGAAGCACGGCGAAUAAGAAUGCACUACCGGAUAGCCUGGAAGAGUGCCCGGAUCAGAACUGUUUGUGCGCUAGUCACUGCCCUGAUGAUGAUCAACCAGGUAGUGGCUUGUUGGGUGGCAGCAAUGAUGUCUGCUUAAAUUCAGCCAGCCAGGGUUGUUCGGAUGAGUCUGUUGCCCAGUGCUCUGGAGGAAGUGAUAUUUUCACUGGUUCCCAGGAGGGUCUCUUGGAUAUAGCUGGUGCCGAUAUGGAGACCUGUUCAGAGCAAACGUGGGAUAAAAUUGAGGACUGUGUGCAGUAUAAAGAGGAGCUUUACGAACUUCCUGAUCCAUGCACGCCAUUAUCUCUCAGUUGCCUCCAGUUGAACACUCCCAGCAGCAAGGAUGACCCACCUGCAAAAGAAGAGAGUCCAAGGAAGCAGUCUACUUUUCUAAGGAAGCUAGAAUUUGAAGAUUUUGGUGAUGCAUCAGACGAUGGUAACAAAGACUCUCCAGAGCAUAGUGCAAGCAGUUGUGAGAGUGGCGACAACAAAGGGGCUUGUUUCACCUCUGACAAGCCAGUAUUUUGGAACCGAUGCCAGACCCACUAUGACGAGAACUUGGACUUUGAAAGUUCCGAGCCCGCCACGGCCACUAGUGAUUCUGGAGAGUCUUCAGCGAAAUCCAGCGAAAAAGCACACAACACGAACAUGCCCAAAAAACUUCAUCCUGUCCGCUCCUCGGAAAUGAACCGCACCAGGACAUCCAGCGAAGCUUCCAUGGAUGCCGCUUACCUGGACAAGAUCUCAGAACUGGACUCCAUGAUGUCGGAAUCGGACAAUAGCAAAAGCCCUUAUUAUAUUUCCAAAUCGUCUUUGGACCUGGAGAACUCUUGCAAGGCAACACAGUGCCCUGACCUUUUGAAUGAGAAAGAUAAAACUAUGAAGGAAAGGAAUGAACAGAAUUCUCUGAAGUGUCCUCUGUCCGAUGAUCAUUCAGCAGAGGGGAAUGAAUGGAAAUCUGCUACUUUUUCAAUCCUGUCCCCAUCUGCCUUAGACAUAAUGGAGCCUUUCCCGCUCUUUGGUGGACGGACUUCAGAAACAAGUGAAAUAAAACCUCAGAGUUUUUUAUUCCAAAGAGAGCUUUCCCCCAGUUUUUUGUUUAACAACUCUGGAGGGUCAUUCGAAGAACAAAAGCUUGGGUCCUCUCUCUUUAAAGUGGCACCCGAGCUGCACAACCUCCAUAACCAGCUGCAGUCUCCUUGGUCCUCGUCCUUCAUACCUGACAGGAAAGCCAAAAGUCUUCAUACAUCAACAAAAAGGAAAAUUCAGAGUAGCUUAUCUAGUGCAAGUCCAUCAAAAACUACCAAGAACUGAUUCUUUAUUACUUAAAAUGGUUGCGUGCCAAUGUAAAUGUGUUUAGGGUAUUUUUGUUUUCCCAAGUGUUUCUUCUCAUUUGUAGAUCCCCCAUGAUCUCAGCUUGUCCACUUCUUACAUCCUGAGUGAUGGAGUCUGAAUGUUCCCCUUUCUGAGUGCUAAGCUCUUCUCUGUGAACCCUUCAGAAUGUGUCUCUUGAUAGAUGUCUUCAGUUUAGAUGCUUAGGGAUUGGUGUGUGGUGCUUUGUUUUUAGUGUUGGGUUAUAUGAAGUCGUCCGUCCUUUUUGAGGAGCUGUUAAAUAGUCAGUUGCUGAACGCAAAGGAUCUUUAGAAUGGCUUCUCGUUGAUGCAACUCUUUAUAUAGGUGAGAAGCCAGUGGGGACAGCUUCUUCAUUGGGGUUUUCACUUCCUGUGCAAAGAUGUGGUGGCAGCUGUUGCGGAGCCCUGCUUCUCUCUGAACUUGACUUUCAGAAUAAGACGUUUGCCUGUUCAUAUCUGCAUGACACCCUACGUCUCUGCCGUAUCUGUACCUUCAGUGUAUAGCUAUUAGGGUCUUUUUUUUUUCCCCUGCUGGCAAAUUUUCACUUGGAAAAAAGGUAUUUUUGCUUAAGACUGAGAGAACCCAGUUUCUUUUAAAUUAAACACUGCUUUUAAGUUUCCCUUCCCCAAAACCCUGCUGUUGUAAAAAAAACGGUGUCCUUUGUGCCUGUGUAGUUCAUAAAAAUGGGUUGGUAUGCUAAUGGCUUGUUUACAGAAUGUGCACUUGAACAUUUUACAUAAAUACUGUACUGUUUUACAUUAAUACUGCAUGCUUUUCUAUGUGGAAUGAAUAAAAAAAAUGUCACAAGGA